GGCUGACAAAGAGGUUGCAAGAGGUGCUGCUGAAGACAGCAAGGAAGCGGAGGCUGACAAAGAGGGUGCAGGAGGUGCUGCUGAAGACAGCAAGGAAGCGGAUGCUGACAAAGGGUGCAGGAGGUGCUGCUGAAGACAGCAAGGAAGCGGAUGCUGACAAAGAGGGUGCAGGAGGUGCUGCUGUCGACAGUGAGGUUGACUGGCUUAAUGGGAUUGUUGAAUGUGGCAAGAGACACAUUCUCAUCCAUGAAAGAGCUAUGCUUGUCGUGGAACAAGUCAAAGUAAGCCAGGGUAAUCCACUUGUUACAUGCCUUCUGGAAGGGCCAAGUGCAGGUAAGAAUAUGCUGGUAAUUGGAAUGGCAAGCGAGGUGAGCUUGAUGGAGUAUCUUGAGAUGCAGGCCAAGCUGUUCCUCAUAAAGUAUGCUUGCCUGACAAUAUAUAGAGACUGACACUUAUUUGGUCCCCAAAGGAUGAGUUGAUAGUUCUCUCCUCCGAGAUGCAGGAAUUGACACCAUCAAUUCAAGGGAGGAGGCACAAGCUCAGAUGAGUUCACACCAGCAACACAAAAAAGGAUGAGGGCCUGAAAUCACAUCGGACGCCCACUGGGUCAUGAUGAUAUGGACUCCUCCACAGCGAGCAGCCAUGGGAUGUGAGAUCCACAUAGCAGCGUAGAUAAGGGAAGCCCGCAACACUAGGCUGUUGUUGUUCCAGUAAAGAUCGAAAGGUCAGGCGACAGUGACGAUCGACUUUUUCGAGCAUGAUGACAACGACGACCUGCUCCUGCAAUAUCCGUCCCCUACCGUAGAGUGGGAAUAAAUGGGUUUGUAGUUGCACUAUUUCUCGCAGGAAUUAAUUGAAAGCCAUGCAAAUUGCUGUUUCUCUUUCUUAUAUUAAUCUUCUUCUGUUACAUUAAAUUGCAUGUAAGACAUUUCUGUAUGGAUCCGAACAUGAGAUCUAUCAUUGAAGUAAUGGGUAGGAUUUACAUUAUCAUCA